CAGUGCCACGUCAGCAACAUGACGGGCCUGCCAGGCCAACUGGCCAAUGAGCCCAUUGCCGACUACGAAAAGCACGUCCAUGCUCAGCUCGCUGCAAUGGAGGUUGAGGAACAACGCCAGCUGGCAGUCAAGGCUGCCCAGCUACAGGYUGAUGAAGCGGCAACAGCAGAGAAGCUGCGGCUACAGGCCGAAGCAGACGCAGAUGCCCAGGCUCGCCGCAAGGAAGCCCAGGCUCUGCUGCAGCGGCAUGAAGCCAGCAGCAUCGAGAAACUCAAGUACUGGCAUUUUGAACCAAACGGCGACGAGCCAACACCGGAAGAGCAGCAUAGGGAGUUCUUGGCCAAGCUCGUGAGCAGCAGUGCAUCCUCUAGCCGCCAACUGGAGGAACGCGUUGACCACGUAGUGGCAAUGCUAGGAGACAUAAGUGUCUUCACAGAGCUGGCCACCAUCAGCCAGCGGUUCGAGUUGUUGGACUCCAAGAUCAGUCAGCAACAGCAGACAGACCACAGCCACAACAACAGCUCGGCGAGGCCAUACAAGAUGCCGACGUUCCGGAUCGAGAAAUUUGAUGACUACACACAUCAAGACCCGGUCGUCUGGUGGCAAGGAUUUACAACGGAGUUGGGGAUUCACGAAGUCCCUGACCAUCUGUUCAUCAGUGCUCUGUUCAUCAACACCAAGGGAGGAUGUCAGAUCUGGCUCAGCCACAUGGCAACCAUCCACGGCGUCCAGGUUUCAGACCUGUACAAGAAGGUCUCCUGGGAAGACAUGACAAAGGAAUGGAAGAAGCGGUUCAUUGUCGACGACGCCCCGGCACUCGCCGUCAACCGCAUCUACACGAUGGCUCAAGAGAGCACACCGACACGUGACUGGCUCACGGAUUGGCAGAAAAUCGUGGCGACGCUCGAUUUGGACUUGUCAUUUCCGCAUCUGCGGCGUGAGUUCUACAACAGGUCAUGCGCCGCUCUCAGCCUCGCACUUAGUGAUCGCGAGCAGUACAGCACUUUCGCGGAGAUAAUCAACAAGGCGAGAGAGCUCAUCAAGACUAACAGGCCGGCUGCACACGAGAAGUCCACGUGGCAGCCAACCUAUGUGGAGAAGGUACGAACUGGUCCGCGACAGCAGCAGUUCGCUGCAGUCCAGUCGGACAGUGUAGAUAACCCAGCAGCCACUCCAGCAUCAAGUGACGGAGAUCAGGUGGUUGCUGUCCAGCCGCGAAGCACCAACAAGUCCCGCAACAAUGGGAAGGCAAAAUCCGCAUCGCAAGCCGGAAAUGGACAACCAGGACAGUUUCCAUGGCURCUAUUGGUGCAACAGCACCAAGCACAAGACCUCCCUGUGCCAAGAUCAGGGCAAGGAGGAUGUGCGACCCCGCCUCAACUCGGGAAACUGAGCUCCGCGGAAGGUGAGGCGACUCCACCUUCUACUCCGCCAGAUUCGGCCGCCUUGCUAGCGGCCUCCUGCACAUCUGGGGAGGAUGCGAAUGUCGCAAGUCCUCGGUAUACUUACGAGGAUUAUGCUGUCCACUUGGUUCCACCGCUGGACCAACCGCUCCACGCGCAACAGUCCACCGCAUGCACGGUUUCAUCACCAUCGGCAACCGAUUCGGCAGCUUCGCCGCAAUCUAUCGCAGGGGAUUCGACGUCAUGGUCAAGACUUGAAGAGCUAGACCCAUUGACAUUCACGGACUUCCAGUGGAUGCCCGUUCCCUCGACCGGACGAUUGUUGAAACCGCAUUGCAACGUGCUUAUGGCACAAUUGCGGGACAACUUGCACACUGCAGUACCAGCUCCGUUGAUGGACGCCGGAGCAGAGGUUGUCGACCUUCACGUUUACAUCGCGAAGAUCGACCGCGAGUUCAAGACGCAACGGUACGACGACAUCGACGCACCAUUGCUAUACAUACGCAUUCAGAUCGGAGAGGCGACCUGCAGUGCCUUGAUCGAUUGCGGAGCAUCUCGCAACUACAUCAGCCAGGACUUCAUGGUACGCGCCGACAUUGGCCCACGUGUCCGGAGGAAGUCCCAGCCUACGCAAGUCACCCUGGCAGACGGUCAUACGCACAAGUCCAUCGACCGGUGCAUUGACGCCGUCCCAGAGUACUUUGCCCCUCACGCAAGUGAGGCGGUGUCCUUCGACAUUCUGGACACCAAAUUCGACAUGAUCUUGGGCAUGUCAUGGCUGCGGAGCAAGGAUCACCCGGUGAACUUCUUCAACCACACCGUUCACGUUCAAGACAUUGUCAGCGACCGCGACACUCGUUUCAUGUCGGCGUUUUGGACUGCUCUCAUGCAGGAGUCCGGCACAACAAUGAAACCAAGUUCGGCUCGACAUCCUCAGACACACGGGCAGACGGAGCGGGCAGACGGAGCGGGCAGACGGAGCGGGCAGACGGAGCGGGCAGACGGAGCGGGCAGAUGGAGCGGGCAGACGGAGCGGGCACGUCAAACCGCUGAAAUGAUGCUUCAUACGCUCAUCCGUCCGGACCAGAAAGAUUGGGUUGACCGCCUCCCCGACAUCGAGUUCGCCUACAACACUUCGGUGCAUCCGGCGAUCGGCGUGACUCCAUUCGAGUUGCACCACGGUGGACGGAAAGGCUGGAUCUUCGCAGACCUUCUCCUCCCUCGACCAGCCGACAUUGACGCUGCCUGCUCUCCCGCUUCCGUCCGGAAGUACAGGGAAUUGCUGACUCAAGCCCGCGCAAAUAUGCAAAAGGCUCAAGUUCGCAUGCAGCAGCAAGCCAACAGGCGUCGCGUACCAUGUCCCAUCCGCGCCGGUGAUCUUGUUUGGGCGUCCGCGGAAGUGUUUGCACUGGAACAGGAUGUUUCACGCAAACUGCUUCCCAAGUGGUUUGGACCUUGGUCUGUGACAGCAGCCGCGGGCGAUGAGCCCGAUGGCCCUUCAUUUGUGAUCAACAUUCCAGAGCAUCUGACGGUCCAUCCGGUCUUCCACGCCUCGAAGCUGGCAACAUACACGCCAGCCAAGAGCGACGACUUUCCGGACCGACGAUCGCAGGACCCUCCUUCUAUGGAUGGCCAUCAGGAAGUUGACCGCGUCAUCUCCGAUCGCAAGUACGGCAGCAAGCCGCGGCAGUACAAAGUCACAUUCAAAGCAUGUGAUCGCAACGACACUCGGUGGAUUUCAGGCACAGAUUUGAAAGCAUCCGCACCGCUGAUCUACGCGCAUUAUGAAAAGCGGAGGUUAGCUCAGGACGCUUCACGACCAGCCCCUCCCACCCGGACUGUGGUCCCUCCCUCAGACAGACAGCUUCGCYYUCGCAGGUCUCGGGGCAUCCGGGGUUGUAGUGGUAAUAGCACACUUACGGAGCUUGCAGAUAUCCCUGGAGGAGGAGGGGGAGGAGGGGGAGGAGGGGGAACAAUGGUCAGCGACAGGAAGAGUGAGAAAAAGGCGGGAACGAAGAGGAGUGGAGGGGGAGAAGCUGCCGCCGCGGAGAGUGGUGGGACACGUGGAACAACGGCUAAUAGGAGCGACGGUUCUCAUCAGCAGGCUCAGGAGGGGAGGGGUUCCGCGCCGCACAAGAGUCAUAGGCGGCGCUGGGAACCGUUGCCUGAGGCGGACUCAGAGGCGGGGUCCACUGUCCCAUCACGAGCAUCAAAGAAGCUCCGUGGAGAUGGAGGAGGAGGAGGAGGAGGUGGGGGAUUGAACAAUGGCGGAUUGGAAGAAGGUGCGGCGGUGAUGGAUCGCCGAAGAGCGUCGCCCUAUGAGGGGCCGACGCCUCUGCCCGCGGAUUUUGAUCGAUGGGAUGGAGGCAGCACCGAGGAUUUCACUGGCUCGACCAUCUUCUCAAGGUACGAACCGUUGAAGCUGACGAGGGGUAGCGACGGGACCGAGGGGGGGGGCGGGGGGGGGAACGUCGGCGCGCUUAGUGAAAAAGGCGGGAAGAAACAGAGUUUGGGAGGCGGUGGGGGUUCCAAAAGCUCUCAGAGGCUGUCAUCUACCCUAGGAAACGCUGCGGCGGCCCCCGUGUCAACCGGCACGGAAGGAUUGGGGGGAGGAGGAAAAGGUGGCGGAGGUAGCAAGAAGAGUGCAAGUGGAAAAGAGAGAAAGCGGGAGAGGGAGGAGGGGAGGGAAUCACGCGGAAGGAGUCGGUCGGAGGACCGCAGAAAAGAGGAAGAAGCAGCGCAAGACACGAAGCGGGAUCGGGAUGGUCGGGGUCGCGGCGAGGAAUACAAGCUGCACGACGAACUACGGAACGUGCCUCUGGAAAGAGAGCUGGAAGAUAGAAUAAGGAGGAGGAAGGAGGAAGCAGGGGAGAGGCGAGGGGGGCGCGGAGGAGGAGGAGGGGAUGAGUACGUGAGGGAGAGCAGGCGGUCGGGUGGAGGAAGGUCGGAGGGUGGGGAAGUCGGCGCGGAGAGAGGCAGGAGAGGGCGCAGCACGGGUGGAAGCGGGGGCGGCGGCGGCGGCGGAGAUGGGUACUAUCAUGAGAGCCGUCGGCGCAGCAGCAGAGACGAGGAGAAAGGUGAAGGGGGGCGGGGCACGAGAGCGGACAGCAGGUCUUCAGAGGACGACAGAUAUUAUGAGAGCGAUUACGAGAGAGAACACGUGUCAUCUGGUAGGGGAAGAGAUCGAGAGAGAGAAAAGGAGAAGGAUAGGUCGCGUGGGCGCGAGAGAGACAAAGAGAGAGGGAGAGAGCAUAGGGCAAGUGGACGUGGAGGGCGGGGAGAAGGCGGAGGGGGAGGUGAUCGUCAUGCGCGCGAAGAUAGGGGGGAGGAUGGACUCGGAGGAGGUGGGUAUGAGGAGAGUGGAGGGAGAAAGGGGAGAGAGAGAAGGGCGUUCGACGAAGGGAGGGCAAGACGAGGGCGGGAGAAGAGGUACGAUGCGACGUCGGAUGAUGGCCUUGCCAGAGAGAGAUGGGGGUAUGAUGAGGGGGGGGGAGGAGAGGUGCCAGGUGGCGGCGGAGGGAGUAAGAAUCAUCAUCAUCACCACCAUCACCACCGAGGAAUGGAGAGAGGGGGGGGCCUGCAGGAUGUGAAGGAGGAGAGAGGAGGGAAGGAGAAGGGAGGAGGUACGACAGCAAACGAUGAUGAAGAUCCUCGUAAGGAAGGAGGAGAAAGGAGGGAAGGUGGAGGAGAGAGGAGGGCGGCUGAGUGUUUCGAGGAGGAGGCAGUGCCUGUCCGAGUGCGUGAGAAAGAAGGUAGAGGAAGGGAGAGGGAGGGUAGAGGUGGCAGGGAAGGGAGAGGAGGAGGAGGUGGGGGCAGGGGGGCCUUAGUCUACGAGGAGAAGGAGAGAAGAGGGAGUAUGUGGAGUCUAGGGGACAAGUCAUUCGACGAAGAGCAAGUACGCAGCAGGGAGGUUAACAAGGAGGAACGCCCUGUUGACGUCGAGGCGCGUCCGCGGUCGAGGGCGAGGGAGAGGGAUAGGGAGAGGGAGAGAAUGGAUGUAAGUGAGGAGGGACCUACACGAGGCAGCUCAAGGGAACGUAUGGGGGAGAAGAGGGGAGGAGGAGGAGGCGGGGCGCGGGAGAGGGUCGGGGAGCAGUGUUACGAGGAGGAGAGGGAGAGGGAGAGGGAGAGGCCGAGCGGGCCGCCGCGAGACAGGGAGAGAGCUAAUGAGGGUGGUGACACGCGGCGACAAUGGGGCAAAAGUAACAGGUAUGAAGAGAGGGGAGAGAGGGGAGGUGGGAGGGAAAAGGUUGAGAGAGGAGGGGAAAGGGGAGGAGGAGGAGGAGGAGGAGGGGACGUGUCUGAACAGGAUUCGGGAGCGGAGAGGGGUGGGGGGGGGGUUGUUGGCAAAAGGUCUCGAGGUGAUGGAGGAGUAGGAGUAGGAGGAGGAGGAGGAGGAGCUUUGGACGGUUAUUUUGCGGAAACCAGGGGAGAGGGGUCAGGGGAGGGAGGAGGAGGGGGGGAGGGAGGAUACCACGCGGAGAGAGAUCGGCCAAGGUCAUCCAGAGGGAUGAGGAGGGGCAGUCGAGAGAGGAGGGAAAGGCACCUGGAUAGGGGCGGAGGGGGGUACAAGGCGCUGGAGUACGAGAAGGAGAGGUCGGGAAGGGCUGGUGGGGGAUCCAAGCGAGGAGAUCGGCAAGUGGAGGAGAUGGAUGGGCGGGAGCGGGAGAUGUCUCUGUCGAGGGAGAGAGGACAAGAGUCAACGGGCAGAGACAGGGACAGAGAUAGAGAUAGAGAGAGAGAUAGAGAGAGAGAUAGAGAGAGAGAGAGAGACAGAGAGAGAGGAGGCGGGCCUGGUUCAGGCGGCGGUGUUGGAGGCGUAGGAGGAGGCGCCGGGGGUCCGGAUGGCGUGGGCAUGACACGUGGCCGUCGUUUGCAGCCACCUCCGCCGCAGCCUCGUCAUCCCAGUCCGUUAAGUGAGAGGGAGAGGGAGAGGGAGAGAGAAAGGGAGAGAGAGAGGGAGAGAGAGAGGGAGAGAGAGCGAGACGCCCGAGAUCGGGACGAGUAUCGGAUGAACAUCGGGGAUAGGGAUCGCGAGCAGAGAGAUCGGGAUGAUUUUCGGAUGGGCAUCGGGCCGCCGGGGGUGGGGGGGAGAGAGUACGGAUCUCCCCCUCCCCCACCGCCCCCACCUUCCCUGCAUGUGCGCCGAGAAGGUGGCAGGCGCUCUCCGGGACCCCCGCCUCUCCAUCAUGACGGGCACGUCGACUACAGGGGAGGAGACGAGUACGAUGGGAAGCCCAUCAGUCGAGGCAGGUCACGCUCGCCGCUUCUGGUAUCGGGACCGCCCCCGCCGGGGAUGGGAAGGGGAAGGCCGCCGAUGCGAAAGGAGGCAUUCGAUCAGAGCAUGGGAUCGGUAGGCGGGGGAAUGCAGCGCAGAGGUGGUCCUGGCGGCGCUUGGAUGAGCGGCGGCCCUGGAGGUCGAGGUAGCGGCGCUGUAGGGAUGGGAGUCGCGGGGAUGAGCGGGGGGCUGGGGGGUGGUGUGGAGGUUGGGGGGGUAGGCGGGAGUGGAGGGGGUGAAGGGCCAGACUAUGGGGGGGUCGUUCUGGGGCAGCAACAACCGCCACACCGCUGGAUGGGCCCUCCUGUGCCUGACGAUGAGCUGCGUGGAGAGGACCUGGGUCCACCUGGAGUUGGGGUCGGGGGAGCACCGGGGGGAGGAGGAGGAGCUGUAGGGGGGGGAGGUGGAGGCGGAGGGGUGUAUGACGUGUCGAUUGGCGAGAUGGGAGGAGGGGGAGGGAAUCUAAGUCCACCGCCGUCGGCGGCGCAAGUGCGCAACAUGCGCGCCCCACCUCCGCCCGGGGUGGACGCGCGAGAUCUCCUUCCCCCUCAUGGGAAAGGACCCAUGCGGGGGCCCUUGAUUGGCAGGGAUGCUGGUCGAGGAAGGCCGAUGGACAUGGGUGGGAUGUGGGGGGAUCGUCGCGGAGGUCGGAUGCCGCCGGCAGCGGGCGGAGGGGAGGGAGGGGGAAUGGGGGGAGGGCCGAAGGACGGGGGAGGAAUGAUGGGAAUGGGAGACAUGUCACCCAAGCAGCAGGCAGGACACAUUCGCAGACCGGGUGGGGGGAUGGGAGGAGGUGGAGGUAGACCUGGCGACAGUCCGUUGGGACGGCCUCAGCUGGCUCCGAUCCCGAUCGCUCCUGGUCCGCCCUUGCCUCCUACCCCAUUCCGACCUCCUCCGUCGAUGGACAUGCCCCCGCAGGGUACAAGCGCACCAGCCGGGUUCUCUUUCGACGAUGGGAGAGGAGGGGAGAGGAAGCGUCCUGGGGGCAGAGGCGGAGCAGGUGCAGGAGACACGUGGAGAGGGCCUCCCAUCGGCUCAUGGAACUCCAGGGUGGGUGGUCCCGGUGGUCCCGGUGGACCAGGUCCAGGUGGCGCAGCUCCUGGUGUUCCUGGUGGCCCCGGUGGGCCUGGACCAGUUUCUGGUCCUGGUCCCAAUCCGGGGGUUGGCGCUAUAUUCGGCCAGUUCUCGUCGCAGUUUGGGGGUGGGCCCCCUCCCGUAGGGUUCCCGGGCAUGUUCCCGGGUGGCGUAGGGGGAAGCCAGUUCCCGGGACCGCCACCGCCGCCGUCGUUCCCGCCUGGUCGGGGCCCGCCGGUGGAUAUGGGGGGCUUCGGCGUUGGAGUAGGGGGAGCGGGAGGAGUAGGGGGCGGGGGCGGGGGGGGAGUGGGAGGUGGUAGCGGACGAUUCGCGGGGCCGGGGAAAGGGCGAGGGGAUGGAGGUGAUCGGUUCCGUAAUCAAGGGAGGGGAGGUGGAGGAGGUGGCGGCGGCGGUGGGUGGAGAAACCAGGGAGAAAUGGGAGGAGGGGAUCAUGGGCGGGCUCAUCACCCACCUAUGUCGGGACCGGGACCCGGUCCUGUCAUGGAUGCCGGCUGGGACUCGAUCAUGGGUCAGAUGGGUGACGAUAGGAUGAAAGUGGGUCGGGACAGACCGGGCGGGGUCGGAGGAAUCGGGCCUUCGGGGGGGGGGGUGAUAGGCGUGUCGGGACCGGGAGGUCUAGGUGGGCAUCUGGGUGCCGGACGCGGCUGGGACCGGGAUGUAUGGGAUCACAGGGGAGGGGGACGAGACGGAGGGGUCCCUGGUCGGGAUGCGUUGAUGCGGGGACUGGGGGGUGGUGGUGGUCCCCACCUGGACCUAGCUCAUCAGCGUUUGAUGGGACAUGCUCCUUGGGAACACGACAACCGAUGGCAGCAACAUCGUGUUGAUCUUCACCGCGGCGGUGGGGAGAUCGGGUUGAGGAGGAGGGAGAACAACCUGGUGCAGAAUCAUGUCCGCCUACAAGGACCUGGUCCGGCCGAGCAUGUGGGAGCGGACGCUGGCGCCACGGCCCCGCCGUUGGCACCGAAGGCUCCCUCCUCGAUUGCGGAUCAGCAGGUCCACCCGGAGACUAAUCCUGCCUGCAAUGCCCGAGCGUACCAGCACCAGGAGGGCUCUGUAGCAGAAGAUGAGGAUGGCCCGCCCGCGGGACCGACGACGACCGAUGGGACAACGCCGGUGCUUGGGUCUGUGACGGGCCCUACGGCGGACCCUCCUUCUGAGGUAGCCGCAGUUGAAUCGACCACGUUGGCACUGGAGGAAACCGGAAGUCCUGCUGUUGCCGUGCUUCCAGGCGAUGAUGGCGAAGGGGUGGAGGAAGGAGACGAGGUGGGCAUGGAGGGGGACAAGUGCGUGGGCGCAAAGGAGGAGCAAUUGCCAGAGAUUAUCGGAGGGCAGUCCCCUCCGGGCGUGGGCAAGGCCCCUGCAGCAUCCUCGGUAAGAGGGGCAGGGGGAGGAGGAGGGGGGGGGGCAGGGGUCGGGCUCCAAGGUUCGCAUGCGGUGCCGCCUGUGCAGCUGCCAAAGGCUAUCAAGGACGAGGUAAAGAUGAGCGCCGUGGCGCUGACGGCGGUCCGCGCGCUGCUGAGUCAGCUGCACAUAUCGCCAGCUCUCGCUGGGCAAGAAAUGUAUGCGAAGUACAAAGCUGUGGCUAUGGUGCCCGGCGGCUCAUCAGACAUGGGCAAGGAAGCCAGUUCGGUGACAACGCGUGCAGGGCUUCGGCGGAGUAGCAUGUGUGGGCCAGGGGGGGUCGGACGUGGGGAAGAAGUUGGCACUGUGGGUGAUGAGGGUAUCCGAGGAGGGGAGGGGAGAUGGGAGGAAGAUGGUGGUGAGGAGAGGAUGAUUAUGAGUGCGAGCUUGAAUAUGAGGAGAGAGAGUUGGGGGGCAUCAGCCACAGCUGAGAAAGUGGUUGAGGGUGAGCCGCAGCAGGAGCAGGAGCAGGAGGAGGAGGAGGACAAGGAGUGGGGAGGGGAUUCCUCAGGAGAUUUGGGUGCCAUCCGCCCCGGACUUCCAUCCGAUCAAGAACGCAAAGGUGUACAAGGAGAAGAAGAGGAAGCACCGCCGACGAAGAUGUUUCUGGGCGAUGCUGAUGAUCGUGACGGUGUGAUUUCUUCUUUGAAGAAGAAGAAGAAGUCGGAGAAGAAACUGCAGCAGUGGCUUGGCCAGCCUGAUGCUCAGAACCUCGGCACCGCUUUUCAGAAUCUCUUGUCUCUUUAUCAUCAACGAGAGGAUGAGGAUUGCUGCCAGGAGUCGCUGUUUGGUUGCUUUGAUCUUCCGUUUGCCAAAAAGUCCAUCCACCUCCGACACAGCGUCUUCUUGUCUUGGCUAGGGAUGCGAGAAAGCAGCUCCAAGGGUGAUGAGGACCACAACAUGAAGCCCCAGACCCAGAUCACCAGUCCUUGUACUGAGAAAGCUGUGUUUAGUGGUGCGAAAGAACCUCCUGUGCCUUCUUUACCACCGUCUUUGUUAGGGACAGGGACUCGUCAAAGGCGGCUAGCAGAACGGUGGUCUUUUCCAUUAGGAGGAGGAGGAGGAGGAGGAGGAGGAGGAGCUUGUCGGCAAUCCGCUAGUCAUGACGAGGGUCAUGAUGACGGUGAUGGUGGUGGUGGUCCCCAAGAUGAGGAGUGCUGUCCGAAUGUAAGGGAGGUGGAAAUGCACGACAGGGGAGAAGAGACCGCAAAGUUAGCACGAGGAGUAAGAGCGGAAGUAAUGGGAAUGGCAAUGAAUUUACAGAUGGGUGGGGUAGAAAUGAAGGUGGAGCGGGUUGAGGGAGAAGGGGAAGUGGAGGCAGAUAUGGGAGUAGUAGUAGUGAAUGCACGAUCUUCUGCGCAAAGAGCUUUGGAGGAGGAGGAGGAGGAGGCUCUUAUACACAUCUAGAUGUGUAUAAGAGACAGAAGCCGGGGGGGGCACUGGUGAUGGAGGGGAAAUGGUGUUGGCGGUAGCUGCUGGAG